UGUAUAGUAUAGUUUAUUUUUUAGAACUUUACAGUCUUUGAGUCAUGUUCCUGUUUAUAAACACGUGUGUCCUCAGUAUCUGGACAUGAGCAGUAAUGUGAGGUUUCAUUAUCUGUCAGUCAACAACAACAACAACAACAACAACAACAACAACCAUAUUAAAUGUGUAACUGUGAUGUUUGUUCUUAGAUCUGAUGUGAAGUCUCUCUGAGCAGGUGCAUCUGACACACCUGUUUCAGGUAAGCGGAUCGACACCAGACCUGAUCUGACAGGAAAUGAAUGUCUCUCUGACUUCUUGUUGGGAACUGUCCAUCUCACUGCAGCUCUGUGUCACUACCUGUCAUGUGACCUCAAACACUCUUCAGGUCACCACAAUGCAGCUUCCCACACGGUUGCUUGGGACAUGUCUGUGGUUGCUAUGCAUUACUCACGUAUGGACAGCAACCUUUAAGCUGGCUCUGAUUGGACCGUGGUCAUGUGACCCCAUGUUCUCCCGGGCGAUGCCGUCAGCGGCGGCUAACCUGGCGUUGUUACGGUUACGGAGCGACAGUGGUCUGAGCAGAGGUUACUGGUAUGACGUCAAAUUGUUGGAGGAAGACUGCUCCGCCUCUAAAGCGCUCAUAGAACUCGGGGACAUGGAGGGUUAUGGCCACGCCUACAUUGGGCCCUUUAACCCCGCCCUGUGUCAUGCUGCCUCCUUAUUGGCUCAGCACUGGGAGGCAGGGCUUGCCUCUCCAGGCUGUCUGGAUGCUGACUGGCCAAACCUGCCGCCCAUCACUCAGCCCAGCAGAGUCUUGUUCACCGUGCUCAGGUUCUUCCGCUGGGCACACGUCGCUGUCAUCUCAGCUCCGUCGGACCUAUGGGAGAGCACUGGACAGGAAGUGGCUUCAGCGCUCAGAGCUCUGGGCCUGCCGGUCGGUCCGGUGGUUACCAUGGAAACAAAGAACAAAGGUGGACCUCGGGAGGCACUCAACGUGAUCAGAGAGGCCGACAAAGUCAAAGUGGUGAUAAUGUGCAUGAGCUCCGUCCUGAUUGGUGGAGAGGAUCAGAGAGAGCUCCUAUUGGCUGCUCUGGACCUGGGGAUGGUUUCCGAUGGCUACGUGUUUAUUCCAUACGACACCCUGCUGUAUGCCAUGCCUUAUCAGGAAACAGUAUUCCCUCAGCUGACCAACAGCACGAAGCUUCGUCACGCCUACAGCGCCGUUCUGACCAUUACCAUGGCGUCCGAUCAGAAUUUCUACGAAGCUUUUCGCCAGGCUCAACUCAACCGAGAGAUCCGCUCUGCUGUGGCUGCUACUGAGGUGUCUCCUGUCUUUGGGACCAUCUUCAACAUGGUGUACUUCGUUGCUAAGGCGGUGGAGGAGCGUCGUCAGGCAGGGGGCGGGCACUGGGUGACAGGCGAACAGCUCGUCCAAUCAAAUGGAGGAUUUGAUUUCCAGGGUUUCAAUCAGGUGUUAUACGGAGGUAAAGAGGGGCGUGGCCUAGAGGCCAGGUAUGUGGUGUUGGACAACGAUGGCGACCGACUUGUACCAACGCACUCGCUUGCUCCGACACACACCGAUGGGACAGUUGGAGGUCUGAGGCCGAUGGGUCGCUCCUUCUUCUUCCCCGGAGGAAAACCCCCCACCGCCAGCUUCUGUUGGUUCAGUCCAGAGGAGGCCUGCAGGGGAGGUUUGGACACGGUGACGAUGUUCUUUGUCUUCCUGUUGCUCUGCGCUGUGAUUGGAGCUUUCAUCUACCUGAUCAGGAAGUACAAGAGAACAGCAAACAUGACCAAACUCAUUUUGACUCUGGAUGACAUCGUCUUCAUUGACACUCAAGUCAGCAGGAAGAAACUGAAUGAUGAGUCGAUCAUGAGGAGUCUUCUGGAAAUCAAAACUCCGUUCCGCUCAAUUGCUCGAAGUUACAUCCUGACGACACCUGAGAGCUCCAACAUUGGAAUACUGGAGGGCGACUGGGUUUGGCUGAAGAAGAUUCCUGUUGAAAAGACAAUAACAGCUGUCAAUCAAAACACCCAGAGUUUGUUCAGUCAGCUGAGGGACAUGCGACACGAGAACAUGAACCUGUACGUGGGUUUGUUUCUGGACUCAGGGAUCUUUGCUCUGGUGGUUGAACACUGUCCUCGAGGAAGUCUGGCUGACCUGCUGGCCGACAGUGACAUGAGGCUGGACUGGAUGUUCAAGUCGUCCUUGCUCAUGGACCUCAUCAAGGGGAUGAAGUAUCUUCAUCUACGAGGUUUGAGUCAUGGUCGACUAAAGUCCACAAACUGUUUAGUUGACGGGCGCUUUGUCCUAAAAAUCACAGACUACGGACUUCCCAUGAUCCUUCACUCUCAGAACCUCAGCCUCCCAGAGGACCCACAAGAGCUGCUGUGGACAGCUCCAGAGCUCUUGAGGAGUCCAGUCCGAGGAGGUUCUUUUGCUGGAGACGUCUUCAGUUUCUCCAUCAUCAUACAGGAAGUGAUCUCACGAACCCUGCCGUAUGCCAUGAUGGACAUGCCUGGCCACGAGAUCGUGGAGCGUCUGAAGCAGCCUCCUCCUCUCUGUAGACCUCUGGUUUCAGUGGAUGAAGCUCCUGCUGAGUGUCUCAGUCUGAUGAAUGAAUGUUGGAAUGAAGAUCCGAUUAAGAGGCCAAGCUUUGAUGACAUUUUUAAACAGUUUCGUGGCAUUAACAGAGGAAAGAGAGCAAAUAUCAUCGACUCCAUGUUGCGAAUGUUGGAGCAGUACAGUUCGAACCUGGAGGAUCUGAUCAGAGAACGAACAGACGAACUGGAGGUUGAGAGAAACAAGACAGAGAAGCUAGUUGGACAACUCCUGCCAAAGUCUGUGGCUCAGGCUCUGAAGAAAGGGAAGCCAGUCCAACCUGAACAUUAUUCAGACUGCACGCUUUACUUUAGUGACAUCGUUGGAUUUACAACCAUCUCAGCUCUCAGUGAACCCAUUGAGGUGGUCGACCUGCUGAAUGACCUCUACACCAUGUUUGAUGCCAUCAUUGCCACACAUGAUGUUUACAAGGUAGAAACAAUUGGUGACGCCUACAUGGUGGCUUCAGGUAUUCCCAACAGAAAUGGGAAUCGACACGCAGGUGAAGUGGCCAACAUGUCUCUGGACAUCCUGCACUCGAUAGCAGCUUUUAAGAUCAGACAUAUGCCUGAGAUCAAAGUCAAAAUACGCAUUGGAUUGCACACAGGUGCGGUGGUAGCAGGUGUGGUCGGUCUCACCAUGCCCAGGUACUGUCUGUUUGGAGACACAGUGACAACGGCCUCACACAUGGAAGCCACCGGACUGCCCUACAGGAUCCACAUCAGUCUGAGCACAGUGAAGGUCCUGACCAGUCUCAAGGCGGGAUACCAUAUAGACACCAGAAAGGCACAGGUGAAGGGAACGAUGGACACGUACUGGCUGACAGGACGAGAUGGUUUCGAUAAACCUCUUCCUGUUCCUCCAGACCUGACCGGAGGGGCCAGUAAUCAUGGGAUCAGUCUGGAUGAGGUUCCAGUUGAAAGGAGACAGAAGUUUCUGGAUCGGCAGAAGAAGAUAAAGAAAUGAUGCUCACACACAUACACACACACACACACACACACACACACACACACACUACCUCAGGACUGGAAUUUAUUUUAAAGGACAUUUAUUCAGCUGGUGAGAAAUUUUCAGCCAAAACAUGUGAAAUCUGAAUGAGGUUCUGAGCGGAUAGUCACGUCACUUUGUGUUUGUAGCGGGAGGUCAGUCAGCUCUGAAUGGUCAACAUCCUUUCAUCCAGUGAAUAUUGAACCAGUACAUUUCUGUGCCUCAUACGGGUCUACGACACGAUUUAUAGACAUGAUAGAAUAAUAUGUUCAUAAAGUGAUAAGUUUGUAUAAUGAAAAUGAUACCUUUAUAAAAUGAUAAUAAAAAAAUAAAUAACUAACAAAGUAAUAAUACCGUCUUAAGGAGGUCAAUGUAAGUAACGACAUUAAUGACCGUGUCAUCCAGCUGUGGAUACACAGAGUUCACAAAAAUGUUUUCAUGCUGUAGUCACAUGUCCUAGAGUACUGUGCAUGCAUGUAUGCUGGGAAAUACUCCUGACUCCCUUUGUGAGACUGUUAAAGGAUGGAUGAAUGAAUGAAUGAAUGAAUGUAUGUAUGUAUGUAUGUAUGUAUGUAUGUAUGUAUGUAAGUGGUUCGUCAGGAUCUGCCAUCAUAUUCUUUUGUGUUUUACCUCUUAUGAAACUGGAGCUGCAGUGAUUAGGUUGUUAUAAUAAAUAAUCAGUUUCCAGAUGUGUGGUUGGAACUAAAAGUACUCAUUUGUUUUUCAGUCACAUGAUGAUGGUGCGUUAGUUCUUAUAUUUUUUAGUUUUGAUUUUGUUGUGUAAAAAAAAUAAAAUAUCAUAAAUAAGUGAAGACAAGGUUAGAAUGAAUCAAAAACACAAGAAACUUCCCACAAUUCACUUUCUAUGUUUCCACACAUUGAAGUGAAGCUUGGAUUUUAUGUGAUGUACUUGAAGGCACCUUCCACCUUUUUAAAGUAAGUCAGCAGGUGUGAAUAGCAGCAGGUCAGACGUGUUUGACGGAGGUGUGAGUUUAGUUAUUCAGUUCUUGUUCCAGUGAAUAAAUUAAAGUUAAAAUGCAGGAUGCUACGCUGGAUUACGAUGUUUGUCUCAAAGUGCAUGUUAGUGAAACACUUCUUCACGUUGUGUUUUGUUAUUGUUGUUGUUGCCAUGUUACCAA